AAUUCUGCGUGUUGCCUUUAAUGCCUUGUCAGCUGACUAUAAAUCUUCCAUGGACUACUUGCGAUGAAAUCUUUCGAGGGAUUUUGUUAUUCUCUCACGAGUUGUCAGUAAACCGGCAGCAGGUUUUAAUGUAUAUUUGUAUCACUGUGAUAUGAUAUGAGUCUGAUGACGCAUUUAACAAUUGCUGAUUAUGCGUAUAGCUGUCUGCAAUUUCUGGAUGAAGUUUGUGUAAUCUUUGCAUCGAUCGAAUCGUUUAAAGAUAUAAGUUUUGCAGGAAUCAACAUAUAUGAAAAAUAUACAAUGGAUAGCGUGAAGCAUUGGAUCCCACACAAAGAACUCCAAAAUGCGAUAAGGUUCAGACUUGAUGGACUAGUACCAGGUGGGAGACCUCCUGUGAAGCUCCAUCAAGCGAACCUGAAUCACGCGCUGAGGCCAUACAUUUGUUCAGUGGAUGACUGCCAUUCCAGCUACAGACGAAAGGACCACUUGACCCGCCAUCUCCUUCAGCACCAAGGGAAGCUUUUUGAGUGUCCAGUUGAGAACUGCAAUCUUAAAUUUGUUUUCCAAGGUAACAUUAAGAGGCAUGUCAAUGAACGUCACACUGAGGAUUGCCCUUCAGCUGAUUGUGGAGCGCAGAAGCAGCAUGUAUGCCAGGAAAUUGGUUGUGGAAAGGCGUUUAGAUAUGCUUCAAGGCUGCAGAAGCAUGAGGAAUCCCAUGUUAAGCUAGAUACAGUGGAGGCAUUCUGCUUUGAACCAGGCUGUAUGAAACACUUUACCAAUGAGCAAUGCCUUAAGGUCCAUAUCCAGUCCUGCCACCAACAUACUACCUGCAAGAUAUGUGGGGCCAAGCAGCUGAGAAAUAAUAUGAAAAGGCAUCUUCUCACACAUGAAGGGAGGGGUUCAAUAGAAAGAAUUAAAUGCGAUUUCAAGGGUUGUCGUCGCACGUUUACAACUAAAUCGAAUCUCUCUAAACAUGUGAGAGCUGUACACCUUGAGCAUAAACCUUUUGUCUGUAGCUUCUCGGGUUGUGGCAUGAGAUUUGCAUACAAGCAUGUGAGAGAUAACCAUGAGAAGACUGGAUGUCAUGUCUAUACCCAUGGGGAUUUUGAAGAGGCUGAUGAGCAAUUCCGGUCAAGGCCAAGGGGUGGCCGUAAGAGACAGUGCCCCGACAUACCAAUGUUGGUUCGGAAAAGGGUAACACCACCAAAUCGGUCAGCCCAGGAGUCCGAGUACCUCUCCUGGUUGCGAUCACAAGAGGACAGUGACGAGCAUUGAGUCGUGCCUUAUGUAUGGAUGUGGUUUAAACAUUCUUCCACGACGCAAAUCGAAGUUCAUUGUGGAUAUAAAUCUGAAUUCUCAGAUAUGUAAAGUAGGAAAUUUUGAUAGUCUCUGAAACGGUUCAUCAUCAAAGAUCGAGUUCUUAGGUUCUGUAGUUUUGGAAAGGUAGUUUUGAUUACGCCGUUCGAGUUGGCAUGUUGUACGACUUCUGAAUGUUAUUUAGGAGAAAGUAAAAAAAUUAGUGACCUUGAUACACAAGCCCUAUUUCAGCCUUA